AUGAAUAUGAAAUAUGAUGACUACUAUCUCCCUUGUUCUAGUGCCGAUCGAGAUGAUGACAUUGAGAAACAAAAAGAAGAGCAAAAUAUCUCUUCUUCCACCAUAGAUUCGAAAGAGAAAGACAAGGAGUGCAAUGAUGAUGUCAACAAAAGGGAUAAAAACAAAUACUGCCUCUUCCAUAAAGAUUAUGGUCAUACGAUUGCUGAAUGCCAUAACCUGAACAAUCAGAUCCAAGCCCUCAUGAGAAGUGGGAGGCUUACCCAAUACAUUGAGGAGGCAGGCAGACCCGGCACCUCGCGGCAUAAUCCUGCUUCUGCCCCAGCACCACAAGCGGCAGACCCGGUACGCACAGCCUAUGCAAGCCCACAAGAGCCUCUUAAGCAAGUCCCCAUGAUACAUGGGAUCGUGGAGCUCACUGAAUACCAAGAGCGUGCCACCAAAAUCCAUAAGAGGAUGGAGGAGCGGGUGAAGCGAUACAGAUCAUUAGGCCACGCGGUCAAUCUUGUCACUUCAGAAGGCAGAAGUUAUCCAGCCUCUGCAAUCGCCUUUACAGACGAUGACUUGCAAGGAGUGCACCUACCCCAUGACGAUCCUCUCGUCAUUUCGCUACAGGUCGACCAUUGCCAGUUGGGUAGAGUUAUAGUCGACAGGGGCAGUGGGGUUGACAUCCUCUUCUGGGAAGCCUUCCAGAUGAUGGGGCUAGAGGAAAAUCAGAUCCGGCCCUCUACUACCCCCAUUUUGGGAUUUAACAGCCAGAGAGUAUACCCGAAAGGCGUCGUGCGAUUAACCGUGGUGGCCACGGAGCGUACCCUGCCAGUAGAUUUCCUCAUUAUAGAUUCCAUCACAAGCUACAACGCCAUCAUGGGGAGAAAUUGGAUCCACAGGAUGCAAGGGGUAGUCUCGACUUUGCAUCAGGUGAUGCGAUGCCUCUCGUCCAACGGGCGCUACACCAUCGACAUCAAGGGAUGUCAGAAGCAGGCCAAAAAGUGA